AACACCUGGCGCAUAGCCUUGCAUGGCUUGGAUAGCACUUGUACAUUUAAAACAAAAAUGUAAGGAUGAUGUUCAGAUUCUGAUGUUGGUUCCUGGAAAGCCUCCAUUGUUGGAGGACGAGAAGCCGUAUCCAAUUGAAGCAGCACAGGCUUUUGCGAUGACUGUGGAAACCACUGCUUAUGCCUUGCUUCAAGCGUUGUCAAGGAAUGAUAUUGACUAUGCAACACCGAUUGCGAGGCGGCUAACGAUGCAACAGAACUAUGGUGGUGGAUUUCACUCGACGCAGGACACAAUCAUUGCCUUGGAAGCUUCAUCACGAUACGACAUUGCAUUUCUGAAGAGGGAAGAAGAAAUCAACAUGCAAAUUCAAUUCCAUGGUUUUGGAAGUCCCAUUGAGAACACGAUUCAUUUGCGCCAGCAUAAUGCUCUGACCGAGAAAGAAUUGAAGUUUCCACUUGGAAGAAAGAUUCACAUCAAGUUGACUGGUCAAGGAAAUGGGACACUGACUAACCAUACAAUUAGACUGUUUUGAUGAGGAACUUAAAGAUCACGAGUCCCGUCCGUUUGACUCACAGUUUGGUACCAUAGGUUGAUACGAUCUUCGUUGGAGAAGGAAAAGGGAUGUUCCAGAUACAGAAAAUAGUCAAACCAUUUACUACAAAGUCCGUUUCUGGGUGGAGUUAGUGGAACCGAAAAAGAUGUCUCCCUCACAGCGUUUGUGACACAAGAAUUGCAUCGUUCCUUGGCGGCCUUUCAACAGAAGAAUAUUCAGAGAUUUCACGAGUGAUAAGAAUUCAUUUUGUAUAGACCACAAACAGCAGAGGUCCCAGCACAGAUCCCUGCGGAACACCAAUCGUCCUGGAUCUACAGCCUGAAAAGCACCAUUCCACCUCUUGCCUCUGUCUUCUCUGGGCAAGCCAGUUGUGAAUCCAAGCAUCCAAGCCACCAUUGACUCGGUGCAUCUUAAUUUUCUGGAUGAUCCUAUCAUGAGGCACCUUGUUGAAAGCAUUGCUAAAAUCCAUGUCAACAAUAUCCACUGCUCUACCUUCAUUGAUCACAUUCGUCACCUCCUCAAAAAAUUCAGUCAAGUUAGUAAGACAUGACCUGCCCUGCACAAAGCCAU